GGGGGGCCGGGGAAGUGUCCGCGGAGAGGGAAGGUAGCCUCCUGGCCGGGGAGCUCUCCUCGGACCCAAGGAGAACGGGGACCCUGCCGGGAGACCUGCUUCGCCCGGUUCGCCUAGGCAGAUGGUAACCCCAAAGGUCCAGCCUGGGGUUAAGGCACGGACCAAGCAAAACUUGGCCUUAUGUCCCGCGGGAGGCUUCCUAAAGGGAACUAAAGCGGCAGCUUGGGUUUCUCAUCCAGAUUUCAUUGUAAGUGCCCGAGUGAGAAGCUAGGACCUUUCUACACUAUCUUCCUUCCGGUUCGCUGUUCAGUGGCUUUUCCUGCUGCCGAGUCCUGCAGCUCUCUUUCAGACCGGGAGGUUGCCACGUCGCCAGUAGGGGCUGUCUAGCCCCUCCCUGUGACGGGACCCUCUGACUAUUGUCAGGUUUUCAAAGAAAAUGAGUAUUUUUAGGAAUUCCAGAGUGGCUUAAGUCCAAGUGCAUACAUGGCUUUGGAGGGCCCGACUUGCGCGGUGAUGAUGAUGACAGCCGGCACAUGUUUCUGGGCACUAUUUUAAGUACUUGGUGUUUAUUGAUUUAUUUGCCCGGAUCCUGUCAAUGUCCCUGCUAGGUAAGAUCAACAAGUUGGAAAAGGCCGUAGCAGCAGCACACACCUUCUUCGUGGGCAAUCCUGAGCACACGGAGAUGCGGCAGAACCUAGACUAUUACCAAACCAUGUCUGGAGUGAAGGAAGCCGACUUCAAGGAUCUUGAGGCCAAACCACAUAUGCACGAGUUCCGGCUGGGAGUGCGGCUCUACUCCGAGGAACAGCCGCAGGAAGCCGUGGCCCACCUGGAGGCGGCGCUGCGAGAGUACUUGGUGGCGGACUCCGAGUGCCGCGCCCUGUGCGAAGGGCCCUACGACUAUGACGGCUACAACUACCUGGAGUACAACGCAGACCUCUUCCAGGCCAUUGCAGACCAUUACAUCCAGGUCCUCAGCUGUAAGCAGAACUGCGUCACGGAGCUGGCUUCCCACCCAAGUCGAGAGAAGCCCUUUGAAGACUUCCUCCCCUCACAUUAUAAUUAUCUGCAGUUUGCUUACUAUAACAUUGGGAAUUAUACACAGGCUAUCGAAUGUGCCAAGACCUAUCUCCUCUUCUUCCCCAACGAUGAGGUGAUGAACCAGAAUCUGGCCUACUAUACAGCCAUGCUUGGAGAAGAACCAGCCAGAUCCAUUGGUCCCCGUGAGAGUGCCCGGGGGUACCGACAGCGCAGCCUGCUGGAGAAAGAGCUGCUCUUCUUCGCCUAUGAUGUCUUCGGAAUUCCCUUUGUGGAUCCGGAUUCAUGGACUCCAGAAGAGGUGAUUCCCAAAAGAUUGCAAGAGAAACAAAAGUCCGAACGGGAAACGGCCGUCCGCAUCUCCCAGGAGAUCGGAGACCUUAUGAAGGAGAUUGAGACCCUGGUGGAGGAGAAGACCAAGGAGUCGUUGGAUGUGAGCAGGCUGAUGCGGGAAGGUGGCCCCCUGCUCUACGAAGACAUCAGUCUCACCAUGAACUCCAAAGUCUUGAAUGGUUCGCAGAGGGUGGUGAUGGAUGGUGUAAUCUCCGCUGACGAGUGCCGGGAGCUGCAGAGACUGACCAACGCAGCGGCGACCUCGGGAGAUGGCUACCGGGGUCAGACCUCCCCACACACCCCCAGUGAGAAGUUCUAUGGUGUCACGGUUUUCAAAGCCCUCAAGCUGGGACAGGAGGGGAAGGUCCCCCUGCAGAGCGCCCACCUGUACUACAACGUGACCGAGAAGGUGCGGCGCGUCAUGGAGUCCUACUUCCGCCUGGACACCCCUCUCUACUUCUCCUACUCCCACCUCGUGUGCCGCACCGCCAUCGCAGAGGCACAGGCCGAGAGGAAGGACAGUAGCCACCCGGUCCACGUGGACAACUGCAUCCUGAACGCCGAGGCCCUCGUGUGCGUCAAGGAGCCCCCUGCCUACACCUUCCGGGACUACAGUGCCAUUCUUUAUCUAAAUGGGGACUUCGAUGGAGGCGCAUUCUAUUUCACUGAGCUAGACGCCAAGACCGUGACGGCCGAGGUGCAGCCCCAGUGCGGGAGGGCCGUGGGCUUCUCUUCAGGCACGGAAAACCCGCAUGGAGUGAAGGCUGUCACCAGAGGGCAGCGCUGUGCCAUCGCCCUGUGGUUCACGCUGGAUGCGCGGCACAGUGAGCGGGACCGGGUGCAGGCGGAUGACCUGGUGAAGAUGCUCUUCAGCCCAGAGGAGGUGGACCUCUCCCAGGAGCAGCCCCAGGAAGCCCAGGAGGGGCCCCCCAAGCCUGUAGGGGAGUCUCUGUCUGGCAGUGAGGUGGGACACAGGGAUGAGCUCUGAUGGCGUCCGGCUCGCGGUGGACGGGUGAGCACACCCACCUGGAGGAACUGUGUCCCCCUGCCCCGGCCGGGCCCUGGGGGCUGUGGAGCAGCGGGGACCCGGUGUCUGCCGCCCAGCCAGCGGGACCCUGCUCACGGCCAUCCGCACGGUGCUGCCGCUCUCGGAGUGGACAUGGCGGGACGGCCCCCUUGCCUCUGCACCUGGCCGAGGGCUCAGGACGCCGACCCAGAGCCGCCCCCGGGGCCUGCACGGGCAGCCGUGUGACAGCACUACAGUAUUUAAGUGUCCGUGUAGACAACCAAAGAAUAAAUGAUGUGUGGUUUUUUA